GGAGCAGAAACCGGGGGAUCGUUGACGAAGCCAUAUUCUCGAUUGGAAAUACACGGCAACUUGAUCGAUGUUACGUGAAAGUGAGCACUUGAAAACAAGCUAUGAUGACGAUGUGUCGAUUGUCGAGUUUGGAUGCCGAUCACGGGCCCGGCCAAAGUAUGAAAUAUACGGAGCAACCCGGAAUAUGAUGCCGGUUUUCCACCCACUCCGUUAGAACAUACUCUUUCUUUUAACUUUCCAACAUGGAUAAUUCACCCUCGAAUCGAUGAGGCAUUGCGAGGAGGCCUGGCUCAAUCCCUGUAUGUCUCUCCCUCGCUUACACCAAGUCGCAUGAACCACUACGAAAUCCUCUCCCUCCCAACCCCCUCCGGCGACGGCCCACCAUCACCCGCGACCCUCAAGACCGCCUACCACCGCACCCUCCUACGAUUCCACCCCGAUAAAGCACUCCGAGACAGUGAGCUUGCCGUCCGCCUCCCAGAACCCGAGCAUGGCUUCUCCCUGAGCAAAUCUGCCGCGCCGCCGCCGACGAUCGACGAGAUCAAACACGCCUACGCCACCCUCGCCGACCCGGAAUCCCGGCGCGUAUACGACCGCGACCUGCUCCUCCGACGGAAUGGCGCGGUGACGACGCCCGACGGCACGCUGCCGAGCGGGACGGGGCGGGAUGACGAUGGGUUGGAGACGGUAGAUUUGGAGGAGAUGGCGUUUGACGAGGCGCGGGAGCGGUGGUCGUGGGCGUGUCGGUGUGGAGAGGAGGAGGGGUUCGUGGUUACGGAAGGGGAGCUGGAAGGGGCGUUGGUGGAGGGGAGGAGUACGGGGGAACUAGUGGUGGGGUGUAGAGGGUGUAGCCUUUGGAUUCGGGUUACGUUUGGAGUCGCGUAGCCGGGAGAUCGAGGAAGUGGUUAUAUUGAAGAUCGACGGAAAGGAUGUCGGAUCACGCCAUCCAGUGUCCCAAUGAGCAGGCGAACGCAGCAUUUCGCAUAGAUGCAAUCAGAUGGGUGCAAUAGUCG